UCUGCUCGCCCGCCACCAGAGACCAACCCUGCCAGGACCGUGGACAUCUGCCCGCUCGCCACCGAGGACCUCUCCGACGGUGCGGGAAGGAUGCCACGCAAGCCCUACCCCGCCAUGGAAGAGGAGCUGAAGGGUCCAAGGGUCUACCGAGAUUCGUCUUUCCGAUCGAGGACAUUUCUUCCCAUCCUGGUCGAGAAGCCCUGGGAGGCAGGGAUGCUGAGGACCACCGACGAGCUGGUCGAGGGCAUGCCGCUCUUCGGGGUCAUCCAGAAGCGCCAGGUCCGCGCCAUCUGGGACUGGUGGCGGGCCAACCUCCGCUGGCAGACGCCCAUGCACGGGCCCCUGGGCAGCUCCGCGACCCUGACCAACCUGGACCUCUCCAAUCUCGGCGAGGCGGACGUGGUCUACACAGGGGUGGGCGAUACCCUCGACAGGUUCGACCGCUUCGAGACGCCGCCCGAUGUCUGGCUAUACUUUGUCUUGGAGGGGCUGCCCCUCCACGAGUUCUUCGACUACAUGAGGACCACCAGGCAGGGCUACGUCAUCCCCUAUGGCGGGCCCCUCCUGGCGGUGAAGGUCUUGGUCAAGGGCCGACCGCGGCUCCUGCCUCUGGCCUACUCCAGGCCGAAGGCUCUCACGGCGCGUAGGCUCUGGGCGGAUACCGGGGAUGCGCGCCUGGUCUACGGGGCUCCGACGCACCAGUUGAUCGGGCCCGUCGAUUUCGAGUCAGGGAGCUGGGCGUACAUGGACGACUACGCGGUCGUGGCCUCGUACGCCAGCGCGCGGCAGCCAGUGAGCGAGGUCAUGAAGAGGCGAGGGGAUCGAGUCGCGGGGUGCGGUUAUUCGAUGCCGACCUUACACUGUCUCGGCCAAAAUCGAUCGCACUUGUGGCCUGACUCUGGCGGCGCUGGGGCUGGCGGUGCGGACAUGCUGGACCCCGGAGCCACCGUGAAGCUGUGGGCGUGGGCGGCCAUCUCUCAGCGCAUGGGCCUCGCCAUCCGCGACGGUAUCUACCGCGAGAUGAGGCGCCCAGAGACCGCCAGGACGCCGUUCUGCCUACCAGACGCGGCGAGGUGGGGGCUGACGGCGAUGGCCUACUGCGCCACGUUCAGGCACACGGAUCUCGAGGCGCCCUGGCUCUCGCAGGUGUCUAUGACGGGUAUGACGGACUCCAAGGACAAUGGCCACGGGGUUGCAGUCACCGAGGCCUUGCUGGAGGAGAUCAGGACGGCCACGGGCUACACCGAGAUGAGAGGGUGGACGAUCGCCACCGACGUCUGGGUCCCCCACGUUGGGGGGUGUGCCUACGACGUGGACGAGCUCGCCGAUGCGUCGGCUACACCUCCGCCGCGGGUCCGUCGGAGGGUCAACCAGGCGCUCUACCUCUUCGCGGGCAGGCGCCGAGAAGGGGAUCUGGAUGAGGCCAUCUACACGCGUGCGGAGUGCGACGGCUACGACAUCCAGAUCUGGUCCAUCGACUCGGUGAUCGAGCCGAAGCACGACCGCCCCAACGACGAGCUGGUCAGCGCGAUUCUGGGUCAGAUGCGCGACGGGCACUUCCACGCAGUGAUUGCCCCGCCGCCAUGUUCCACCUGGAGUCGAUCGUGCUUCCUGAAAGAGAGGCCCAGGCCCCCGCGGACGCGCCUCGAGCCUUGGGGGCGGAGCGACAUACUAUUCGCCACCUUCGAGCACCUCCGCCUGGACCCUGGGGCGCGCCUCCUGCUCACGGCCAUGCAGGCGGUCUGCGAGGUCUGCCGAACUGGUGGCCUGUACUUGACGGAUCACCCCGCGGACCCAGAGGAGGACCUGUACACGUCUAUCGGGAACCCCCCCGAGAGGGCCUGCCUCGGCGAGGAGGCGGGCGGCCAGAUCCAUCAGAUCGACCAGGGCUGCUACGGAGCUUCGCUGAUGGAGUCGACCAUGAAGGGCAUCUUCGGGGUCUACGACGACGCACUGGACCUCGCCGUGGGCCGUCUCCGCCCGAGAGGCAACCACCGAGGGAGGCAUCCAGCGAUACCCGAGGGGCGAGUGGAGCGGGGCCGCCCCGACAUCUGCACCGCCGCCGCCCAGGCUUUCCAGCCCCCGCGGUGCGCCGCGCGAGGGAGGGCGAUCCUCGAGGCGUUGGCCCGCAUGACGAAGGAGAUAAAGGGCCCCGAUCCAGCGUGCUCGUGGGCCUCUCCAGCUACGACGCCAUUCGGGCCGCCGAGGCCGGGAGGGGCGGAGAUCGAGGUCUUCCCCGCUGUCCCCUGCUUGGAUGCCACCUGCGAGAUGGCGGCCACUCUACGUCGGAAGGUGGAGGAGCACGGAGCACACGAACACCAGCGAGAUGCGGACCGUGGUGGGCGUGCUCCGACACCUUGCCAGAUCGCCACGGAGGCGUGGGACAACUACGAGAAGGAGACGUACCUGGGCAUCCGCGAGGGCGGCUCCACAAGGCGAUUCACCCGCCUCGUGCCGGGUUGGGAGCUUCGGUGCAAGAGCGCCAUGGGCCACGCCCUGGCCGACUACAGGGACAUGAAGUGCUACCGAGAGGCCGUCUUCGCCAUCGCCGAUUACGUUCUGGAGGGGGGGCUCCUGGACGAAGCCAUCGGGACCCUCAUGCAGUACGACGCCUACGGGCAGGAGCGGGACGGCCUGGAGCAGCAGAGGCAGCUGGUCGACAGCAACAAGACGAACUUGAAGAUGAAGAAGGUGAAAGAGGUCGCCACGGAGCUCGUGACAACUGGAUGGUGGAGAGAGUACAGCGACAGGCCAAGCGGGGGCGCCCGAGUGGGUGGCUAG